ACAAUAAAUAAUUCAGAGCUACUAAUUAUAUGAGUACUAGUUUCAAAAUGCUUUCAUCUUCUUAAUAAUUGUUGUUUUGAACAAUGCAAUAUCUGAUGAUAUAAAUUGGAAAGUUCUUAUCAUUGUUUUUUUAGUUGUAUGUUUAUCUAAGGUAAUAUGUAGCAAAAAUAAAAUACGAAACAAUAUAUUCGAAAACAAAAUGGCUGAAUUCAAAAAAGUAAAAUCGAAAGCUUUUCGUCGUAGAAAGCACUCAGAAAGCAGUGAAGAGGACUCAGAAAAAGAAAGUGAUGUAACAGAUGUUGUCGAAGAUCUGAGAGAACUACAAAAAUUAAGGAAACGCAAAAAGGGUGUAGAUGUCGAAGACCUUGCUGCUGCAAAAUUGACACAGAAGAAAGAUGCUCCUGCAGAGAGAGAUCCAUAUAAGUUAAAAGUUGGAGGAAUUAUAGAUCUGCAGAAAAUCCAAAGAGGGGAAUCAAUAGAUGAUGAUGAAGCUAUUGGUACAUCUUUUGCUGCGGAGACGAAUAGGAGAGAUGAAGAUGCAGACAUGUUGAAAUAUGUUGAUCUCGAAAUGGCAAAAAGGAAAGGUCUUGUGGAUGAUAAAGAAAAACAAGCUGAAAAAAUAAAAAAUCCUGAAGAUAAUUUAUAUGCUAUACCCGACCACCUGAAGGUUCAGUCGACCAAGAAACACACUGAAGAUAUGUUGUCCAAUCAGAUGUUGUCUGGCAUACCAGAGGUGGACCUGGGCCUGGAUGCAAAGAUAAAGAACUUAGAGGCAACAGAAGAAGCAAAACAAAAACUUUUACAAGACAGAAUGAGACAAAAGAAGAAAGAAGUGUCAGAUUUUGUACCAACUAAUAUGGCAGUAAACUUUAUGCAGCAUAACAGAUUCAAUAUAGAAGACACUGUACCCAUUUUACCUAAAAUAGAAGAACCAGUGAAGCAAAAAGUUUUAAGAGUUGGAGAUGCAGAUGAUACUAGCAAAAAGGAUAAGAGUAAACUAGAGGGAGAGAGAUCUACAGAUGAUUAUCACUUUGAGAAAUACAAGAAACAUUCGAGACGAUGACAUGCUGGUCUAUGGUUGGUCAGUUAUUACCAAUAAAAGACUCGGGGAAUAUGAGUUCUGAACUCUUGCAAUAACAGUGUUAUAGUGAACACACGAUUGGAUCACGAUUGACAGAACACUUAAGUAUGGUACAUCAUAUUGCUGCUCUAUUAUGUGGAAGAGCAGUGUGGACUAGCUAUGGUUUAGACUGGACUGCAUUGUACUAUACAUGGGGUGGGCCACCAGUUCUAUUAUGAUGUCAUCACUGAGAAUACUAUUACUACAAGUACAUUGAAAUAUUGUACCCAGCCCACAACUGAGUUCAACCACUGGUACAUCGAAAAUUAAAUUAUUGCAUCAAGCCCACAGAGUACAGUGUACAAAUAAAUGUUGUAACAGAGUAAGAAAUAUUUUUGUCGAUCUUUUUUUGUUAUUACUUUCAUACAUGAUGUUGGUGUACAGGGUGUUCAGAAAGUAUGGGGGCCCCCUUAGGCAGACAUAUACCAAUGUCUCCAUAGUAUUUGUCGUAUAUCAUUUUAAAGCUCAUUUAAAGUUACAUUGAUUUGCCAAACAUCAUGGUUCAACUCACAAAUGGGAAAAAGUUACAGGUUUUUCAAAAUUUAGGGUUUAGCCAAAUUAAAGUCAGUUUUACACCAAAA